CCUUAAAACCCAAAUCCUUACUCUUUUCAACACUUCUUAAAGUGUCUGAAGAAGCUUCAAAAGAGAAUGAAUGGCACAUUGAAUUUGAAAAUAGCAUGGCAAAAGUAGGGUUGGCUCUAAGUGUGUAGCAGCGAAGAAGAAGAAGAAGUUUCCUUACAUUCAUUGCAGAGAGAGAGAGAAAGUGCAUUCAAUUGUCGGAUUGGAUAACAUGAACAAGUUGAGAUGGGCAAUGGACGGAGGAGGGUUUUGGGACGUGGACAUGUCAACGCCCAUAACCCUCGACGGUCUGGCCAGACUGGUCACCGACGACCCAAUUCCCUUGGGGUUGUCGAGAGGUGCCAGGCUGUCCAGACCCAAACAGAUCGAUUUCUUCCAGCGCUUUAUGUCCAUGCCCUUAGUCCCCUCCUCUUCCUUCGCCGCUCAGGGCUUCUCCAUACAACGCGUUCUCUCUUUCCCUUUUGCUGAAACCUGGUUUGCGACUUGGCUUGGCCAAUUCAAUAUGCAGAAGUUUGUGUCUUCUAUCAAAGAGAAGGGAUUAAUGCAACCCUCGGAAGCCUCAUGGCUGCAAAUCAUUGGAAAACACCUUUGCAAUAAAUCAUUGUAUGCUGUUGAUUUCUGUUCCGAGCUGUUGAUAACACCUGAUGAUACAUUGCUUGUUAGUGUAGAAGCAUAUGGUGAUCAUCAAACGACACCUCGAAAGAAAGCAGUUUUCCAUCACAAGUUCCCACGCCACAAUUUGAUGGUGGAGGCAGCUUGGCCAGGGCUUUUUAUUGACGAGCAUGGUACUUACUGGGAUGUGCCAUUCACAAUGGCAAUCGAUCUGGCAUCAAUUGCUUCUAACUCUGGUGCAAGCUACCAUAUGUGCAUCAACCAGAAUGCGGGUUCACCUAAGAAAUUUGAAAGUCAGCCAACUAGUGGUGAGCCACCAAGUGGAGUGCCUGCUACUUUGCUCGCUGGUUUAUGUGCCAAAGCUGCAUUUUCCUUUAAGAAAAAUAUAGAGAUUUGGAAAAGCAAAGCACCAAAGUUGAAAAUGGUGCAACCAUAUGAUAUAUUCCUCUCUAAUCCGCAUAUUUCAGCAUCAGGAAUCCUUGGUGCUGUCAUUGCUGCAUCUCUUGGAGAUAAUUCAGUUAUAGCACAAGUGGAAGAUGAAAGACAGGGUUUCAAAGGUUACAGUCUUUGUGCCCGACGAGCAAAUUCUGCCAUUGUAGCUGAUAUGUUUGCCUCUGUAUCACUUUUAGCACAAUAUGGAAACUUCCAAAAGCUUUUCCUAGAUCUUUCCAGAUUCUAUGCCCACAUGGAUUUUCCUUCUGGUUCAAAAUUUAUUUCAGGCGCCACUUGUUUGGCAUAUGAUCUUUACCACUCGCAAGCACCUUGUCUGGAAGCAGUUGAAGCUAUUUGCCCCAAAGUCACACUUUCAUUUCAGCAGCAGAUUGCUGGACCUUUCAGUUUCAGAGUAGAUUCAGGAGUAGCAAUUGAUUUGAAGAAUAGGGAGUGGCAUUUAUCUGUGAAUAAUCCUGUAUUUGCAAUUGAAUAUGCAUUACAAGUUCUUGGGUCCGCAAAGGCUGUUGCUUGGUAUUCUCCAAAGCAGCGAGAAUUCAUGAUGGAGCUUCGUUUUUUCGACAAGUAAACCUCAGUGGCAGUGGUGGGUUCCUAAAGCAAACCGGUUACUGUUUUUUUCACCAAUCUCUUGUUUUUGUAGAAUCAUUUUGGGAAGAUGCUGUUAUUUUAUCCAUGAUGCAGCUUUACGGUGCUUAUAUCUUAGAAUUAGUCAUUGUUCG